CUUCCUUUGAGCACAGUCAUUGGUCACCAAUGGCCUUUCAGGAUCUCCUGGAUCAAGUUGGCAGCCUGGGGAGAUUCCAGAUCCUUCAGAUGAGUUUUGUUCUUAUCUGCAAUGUCAUACUGGCUCCUCAUUCUUUACUGGAGAACUUCACUGCAGCCAUACCCAGUCAUCGGUGCUGGGUCUCCAUCCUUGACAAUGACACUUUCUCUGAUAAUAAAAGUGGAAUCCUGAGCCAAGAUGACCUCCUGAAGAUCUCCAUCCCUCUGGACUCCAACCUGAGGCCAGACAAGUGCCAUCGCUUUGUCCAGCCACAGUGGCAUCUCCUUCAUCUGAAUGACACCUUCUCCAGUGUGGCAGAGCCAGAGGUAGAACCUUGUGUGGACGGCUGGGUGUAUGAUCAAAGAACCUUCCUCUCCACCAUUGUGACUGAGUGGGACCUGGUGUGUGAAUCUCAGUCACUGGAUUCAAUAGCCAAGUUUCUAUUCUUGACUGGUAUGUUUGUAGGAAAUACACUAUAUGGCCACUUAACAGACAGGUUUGGGAGGAAGUUGCUGUUCAUAUGUGCAUUACUGCAGAUGGCCAUCACUGAAACCUGUGCAGCAUUUGCUCCCUCCUUCCUCGUCUCCUGCUUACUACGUCUGCUGGCUGGGAUCUCUGUCUCAUCCAUUCUGACGAAUAGUAGCUUGCUCAUGAUAGAAUGGACAAAACCCAAAUUCCAAGCCAUGGCAACAGCACUGCUAUUAUGUGCUGUGGCAAUUGGACAGAUAAUAUUGGCAGGCCUGGCUUUUGCUUUUCAAAACUGGCACCACCUCCAGCUGGUGACAUCUGUACCAAUAUUUUUCUUACUUUUACCCACAAGGUGGCUGUCAGAAUCAGCUCGGUGGCUGAUUAUGACCAACAAACCUCAAAAGAGCUUAAAGGAGCUUAGAAAAGUUGCACACAUAAAUGGAAUGAAGAGUUCUGGAGACACCCUAACCAUGGAGGUUGUGAUAACCACCAUGAAGGAGGAGCUGGAGGCCUCACAGACAAAAUCUUUGCUGUGGGACCUGUUCCGUACACCCAACCUGCGCAGGCGGAUGUGUCUCCUGUCCCUAGUCAGGUAA